GGCGUGUUAUAUAAAUUUCUAUAUAAUCUGAAGAUACCCCGAAUUGGUUGUGAAUUUGGCGCAAAACAUCACGCUUUUUAACAACCAUAUCUAUCUCAUCUUAGUAGGGAAUUAAUUACUCUUCUAGCAGAAUGCUUUUUUUAACUCUCAUAUUUACUCUUUUUACUAUUGGCGUUAGCGCUCAUUACCGAUGCUUUUGCUCAAAUAAGGGCUCUUACUCGACAAUCGCUACAAUCAAUGUUUGUAGGCAAGUGAAUGGUGCCAAAUUGAUUAUCAGCCGUGGUCGUCACGAGUGUAAACUAUCAAACAAAUACUCUUACAAGGGUGACUUCAUAAGGGGAUGUGUGUUACGUGAACGUGUAGACGGUGGAUCCUGUGAUGAGUGGCAGUCGCCUUUCUCCAUUUAGGCUAACUGCUGGAAUGUCGGGUGCCAGAGGGGGUGGCCUCGGAACGGGGUGACCGGGAGGGCACCGGGUGGGGGCCGGGGCACCAGCGGAGCAGGAUAACGUUACACCGGGCGGUAUUCUAGCAUACUACUAAUGAUGCCCCU